AUGCUUUCACCAGUAAUUCGCAAUGGAAUGGAACUUUACAAAACAAAUAACUAUAAUCAUCAUCGAACAAAAAAUUUAAAAAACCAAGGAAGUAAAAAUUUUAAAAUCAGUAAUAGUAUGAAAAAUGGAAUAAAACAAAAAGUUACACCUGAUGAAAAUUUAUGCAAACCUGUAACAAGAAGUAAUUUAGGGAGUAAAAAUAAUAUAACAAUACUUGAAAAAAUUACAGAGGGAGAAGAAUUAGAGACAUCAAAUAUCUCACAGUCGCAAAGUAGCAAUGAAAAAAAUGAUACAAAUUGCUGUAUAUUUAAUACAAAUUAUAAAAAUAAUCAAAGCAAAAGAAUUUUUCAACGUUUUACAGAUAUAUGUGCAAAUAGUAUUUAUAGACUAUACUAUAGAAUAAAAAAUAAAAGAGGAAGAAAUUCAAAAAACAUUGUUAAUGAAAAUACAGUUAAUCAAACUUAUAGUAGUAAUGAAAAAAUUCCAUAUUUAAUUGUAAAUAAGAAUGAUGUAACAUUAUUAAACUGA